AUGAAUAAUGAUAAAUCUUAGAACUCUCCAUAUUAAUCCCCACUAGUGUCUUAUGUAAAAACUGACUUGCAAGAAACAGUUAAACGAUUGGGAUGUAUAUAAAACAGGUACAAGUCUAGGCUAGAUGUUCUCAGUUCAGGUCGCCUCUCAACCAAUUCAAGAUCAUAAUUUCCAUCCAGAGAUAAGCAUCCAGUAGACGAGAGGGUCUAGAAAAAGGCGAAAGACCUUUUGAACCAGAAAAUAAAUGAUCUUAAUAAAGAUCUACACACUAGAUAUCGGAAUGUAAUUGAAAAUGAAAGGUCCUAAUUUAUGAAAAAGAUAAGAUAGCAUGGAAGCGAUAAAUUUCAAGAGAGGACUCCUCAGAGUAGAGAGCUUUUAAAGCGGGAGAUGAUGAACUAUAACAUGUUGUGGAAAAACAAAGAGAAUAGUGUAAAGCGCAAUAUAUCUUAUGUAAUAUAAAAAAAAUAAAGAGAUGAAUGGAAAAUGCCUCUACUAAUAAGGGAAGCCAAGGAGGAGAUUAAACGUGAAAAACAAGCUAGAACAAAAAGAAUUUUUUCAAAAGUGCAAGCCCUAAGUAAGAUGUAAUUACUCGGAUUGAUGGGUGGCGGAGGAAUAGCCUAAGCAAAAGCUGCUUUUCAGAAUUAGCCAGAUCCUAGGAAACUAUUCCAGGAUAAAUCUCUAAUUAAGUCUCAAGCCACUAUGAUUGCAGAAAAACCUCGUUCGAAGCGAGAUGGCUCUCCCAGAACAACAAAAAAUAACUCAACUAUGGCAUUGCAAAUAGAAAAUCUAUUUUACAAUGCUUAGCCAAUAAAAAGACUAUCGGUGAUCAAAAUAAAUACUAGAGACCUCAAGACGUUUCUAAACGAAGCUUUGUAAGAUCCUGAUCUUUGA